AUGGAAAGAUUUAUAAACUUCUCAAUAAUUUGGUUGGCGUUCGCUCCAAUUGUUGUUUCGCAAGUUAAACCACUUUCGCUUCCUGAGGAUUCAAAGGAUGAUAAAGUUGGUACAGACCUUGUUGGAAUGAAACAGUUGUUUAAUGAUACAUUGACAGACUACGACACAAGAAUCAGACCUCGUGAAGACCAGUCACAAAUCGUUCAAGUAAAUACAACUUUCGUACCACAGAGUAUACUAGAGUUCGACACGUCGGAGCAGAAGUUUUCUGUCCUGGGGUACUUCCGGGUCCACUGGAACGACGAAGUUAUUACGUGGAACCCUAAAGACUACGCCGAUACCAAUACUAUUAAAGUGCCUGUUACCGAAAUAUGGAAGCCUAGUCUGAUUAUCUUGAAGGCUUUUGACGGCGACGGGGUUGUUGGUAAUCGUGAAACAGACAUCACUAAAAUAUCGUCCGAUGGCGAUGUUCAGUGGGUCCCCGAAGCAAUAUACAGUGUGGUUUGUCAUGUGGACAUCAAAUAUUACCCAUUUGAUGAACAGACCUGCACGAUAACAUAUUACGUUUCCGACGAAACAAUAACGACUGUUGAGUUGGACCAUCCUGAGCAUGUCAAUCUGGAUGAAUACACUGAAAACUCUGCAUGGAGGAUCACCAGCCUUUCCAAGAGGCGAUACCUGCUGUAUAACACAUACCAUAUAGAUGUAGAAUUUAAGCUUCAGAGGAGAGCAAACUUCGCUACAUUUACUCUAAUUAUGCCUUUGCUCAUGUUGGCCUUUCUGAAUAUCUGUAUAUUCUUGGUCCCAAUCGGCUCCGGUGAGAAGGGAUCGUUUGCAAUCACAAUUUUCCUCUCGUACGGUAUCUUUGUCACAAUCGUCAGUGAUACCCUUCCUGAUAACUCUCUCCAAAUAUCCUACUUCCUUCUGUUCAUCAUCGUCCUCUUGUUUAUGAGCGUCUUGUCCGUUCUGUACACAAUCAUUCAGGCAAAACUGAUGGCGAGCAUUGGAGAUAAAGAAUGCUCAAUCAAAUGCUUUCGUCCUAAAAAGAGUUCAAGCAACAAAGUGGUGCCUUUUAAUCCGAAAAAUGCUGAUGACGAUACCGUGAAAAACCCUGAAGUCUGCGAGGUUGAUAUGGACGCCGAUAACGACGACGAUUCAUACACAUGGGGAAUGUUCCUGGAGAAACUCGACUUCAUUUUGUUCUUCGUAUUUCUGGGUUUAAUCCUUCUCUGCUCUACAGCAUUCUUCAGUAUAAUGCUCCAAAGAGUGAGUGAAUCUACAUUGAAUGAAAUAUAA